GGGGGGGUGUAGACUUCCAUAUGAAAAGGUUGGGGAUGCUUGUUGUCUUCCUAAGGGGUAGAAAAAAUGGUUUUGGUCUCACUUAGGAUGUUCAGGAUGGAAUGCUGCUAUUUUAGGGUGUAGUCAAAGAGAUAGCACUUAUUUAGAACAUAAUGCUCUCAUUUCUGUUUUUAGGCUUGAUUUCUAUCUCUCUCUUGAGUCUGGUCUACUAGCCUGAGCUCCUUUCCCGAUCAGCGGCUGGUAAUCGAGCCUAUUCUGUUUUAAGAGGUAUCUUUUAGGGGUGAAAGAAAGCUCGAGCCGCACCCAGUUUGUCUCCUUUAGGGGUUUAAUUCAAAUUUUCUGACAAGCCCCCUCCCCACCUACCCCUGGGCAUAAUGAUAAGAUAGUUUACAUUUGCAAAGUGGCAAGUAGAAACUAACAGUCAACUAUUAGCAUUGCUUCUGCUCAAAGACUUGAUCACUAAACAUGAAACUGUAAGUGUUUGGUAAAAGUGCAUUUAUGUAUUAAUAUUUAUUUGUUUUUCAUUGCAUUCUUAGAUUUCUAUUUAAAAGCAUGUUACAGAUUAUAUCUUACAGAAGGAGAAAAAUUCAUCAUGUAUUCUGUGUUUUCUCUAAGUUUAUAUCUAUAUUCUUAUGUUAUAAAAAUUAAACAUCGAUUACUUGUUUCUUGUGGCUUAAUUUACUUCGUUGGUGCAACUGGGAAGUCUGGAACAUGUGGUCUGUUCAGCUUAUUCUAUUUAUAUUAGCCUGUGUGUAUCCACCCCCUCCCCCAAAAAAAUUGCUAAAAAGACAGGUGAGUUUUCUUUUCUUUAAAGAAACACAAACAAAGAAUAAACGAGACCUUAACACCAUCCGCCAUUACUCGCCCAUGUGCUUCAGUAGCGCACACUACGCAUGCGCCGUAACCUCGACGGCGAUUUGUGACUGAACGCAAAAAAAAAAAAUACUAAGCCGAAUUUAUACCUCGGGCGUUUCCUUCGGAAAGCCCGAGUAAUAAAGAGAACACUAAAAUGUAGCAUGCCUCCACAAAAAAGAUAAUAGCACAAAGGCACGUAAAACUACUUGCAAAUUUUGCCCGAUAGGUACCCGCUGGGGAAAACCAGCGUCCCUCGAUUAGUCCCAGUCUUCCUCGGGUAACUCCAUGGAACGCCUUGUAAUAAAAUGAUGUCGAAAGUUGUAGUCCUUUGUACCUUGUACAGUUUUCUCUUCAUUUUAUGGAGUACAGACGUAUCGUGUGCAGGUAGUGAUGACUUCAGUGCUGAUGUUAAGCUAUCGGGUGGUAAAUUUCGCAUGGGCAGCCCAUCCGCUGACACGAAACGUGGAGAACUACCUGCCAAGACUGUCGGAGUCAAACCAUUUGUGAUCGAUAAAUAUCCCGUCACAAAUGAAAAUUUUCGAAAGUUUGUUCGCGCUAAGAAAUUCAAGACGGAAGCAGAGAGGUUUGGAUGGAGUUUUGUCUUUCGUACUUUCGUGCCAGAGGAAGUGAGAUCGAAGAUCACUCAAUCUGUGCCGGGUGCACCAUGGUGGUUGCCAGUACAACAGGCUUACUGGAGACAACCAGGAGGCCCUGGUACAUCCAUAAAAGAGAAGAUGUCAUAUCCUGCUGUGCAUAUCAGUUACAAUGAUGCCAAGGCAUACUGUGAGUGGAUGGGUAAGAGGCUGCCAACUGAAGCUGAGUGGGAAUUUGCUGUUAGAGGAGGAAUCAAAGAGAAAGAUUAUCCAUGGGGAUUGGAUUAUGAAAAAGAACGUAUGAACAUCUGGCAGGGAGAAUUUCCUGAUGAAAACACUCAGGAGGAUGGUUAUGUUGGAGUUGCUCCUGUAGAUGCCUUUCCUGCUCAGAAUAAAUUUGGAAUGUAUGACAUGUUGGGGAAUGCAUGGGAGUGGGUGUCUGAUGAAUUUAAAGACAAAGGAAGGGAAACAAAAUAUGUUCUGCGAGGUGGAUCAUACAUAGACACAGCAGAUGGUAAACACAACCAUAAAGUCACUGUUACAACAAGGAUGGGUAACACAGCUGAUGCUGGCUCAGAUAACAUUAUGUUUCGUUGUGCUAGGAGUGCUAGUAAGGAUGAACUUUGACAUCAGGGCACCUUAGAACCAAUUAAAUUGAUAGCAAUUAUUCUCUGUGACAAGAAACAUUUGUUCAACCAUACUUUGAGUUACAUGUAGUAAUAGUACAAUGUCUUAGACAGGUCUCAGCUCAGAUGAAGAAUUUUUCCAGAACUGUUUCUUCAUUAAGUUUUAUAAUAAAAAUGUUCUAUGUAA